CCGCGGACCCAUGCAGACAAACGAUGACCAGCAGUGGCCGGCGGACCCUCCCCGCGCUGGUCCUCUCCGUGCUGGCCUGCGCAGUCCUGUCAGCCCACUUCCGCGUGUGCGAGCCCUACACGGACCACAAGGGCCGCUACCACUUUGGCUUCCACUGUCCCCGGCUCUCGGACAACAAGACGCUGACGCUGUGCUGCCACCAUAACAACACGGUCUUCAAGUACUGCUGCAACGAGACGGAGUUCCGGGCUGUGACUCGGGCCAACCUGACGGCGGGCGCCGAGGGCUACCUGCACAACAACUACACGGCGCUGCUGGGCGUGUGGAUCUACGGCCUGUUCGUGCUGGCACUGCUGGCCCUGGACCUGCUGUACUACUCGGCCAUGAACUCGGACGCCUGCCAGCUCUACCUGGCCCGCUGGGGCGUGCGCGGCCGCUGGACACAGCCGGAGCCGCGGGGCUGGGGGCGCCCGGCCCGGACCCCGCCGCCCCCGGCCGCCCCCCCGGCCGCGCGGGGACCCCCGCAGCCCGCCACCGCCGCAGACCUUCCAGAGUGCGUCUGCCUGGGCGCGUGUGAGGGGCACAGAGACCCCCCCUGGCCGUGCCUCAGGAUGAGGGAGCCCCAGGACGCCGGCAUGGCCCCCGAUAAGAACCGCCUGGACGGACGCCAGCGAGAGCCGGGGGGGACGCGCCCCCCGCUCCCCCCAGCCCCGGACUCCUAA